CCCCACACAAGAAGGAUGUAGCCUGGAUUUGAACCCACAGCCUCUGAACUGUGAGGCGAAUGUGCUCGGCACUCGUUCACCAUGUCGCCCGCUUUAAAACUAUUUUAAGAAGGAAAAUAAGAUACGAAAAGAAGUUGAUGGGCUUUGCACGAAGUGUGGUUGCUUUACAUGGUGUCACGCAGUCAGUCCACAACACGAGAACGGCGGCAUAGCGACGCUGUGCUUUGCAGAUGCGUCUUUGUGAGAGCAUCCAUUUCACGGCGAUGACAAUUUCAAGCUAAGGAGGUGGUGCACAUUUCUCGGGGGAACCUUGCCUUUUCUCUCCUCCGACCUCGGAAGUCAGUUUCCUCGAGCAGCCGACUGACUCGCUCCUUCUCUUCGUGUGCAGUCUCAGCAGACUCAGGGUGUUUCAUAACAAGCCUGUUUACUUAGAGGGAGAGAACGGCUCCGACGCCAAUUCUCCAAUUCUAGCGGGCGUCUUGUUUGCCGAGUGGAAUUUGCGCACCGCAGCGCUAAGACGCAAAAAAAGGAAUCAACGGACGUUUCAAGUUAUCCUGGAAGUUGCGCAGUUGAGAGGAAAACAUGGAAAUUUGUGGCUGUUUGACGGUGACUGGGAAAUGCUUCGUCGUCCUCGGACUUAAAUUGUUAUUCCUUGUAACGCUAGGAGUUCCGGUUAGAAGCGGCGAUUCUGUAUUAAAGGACGUGAUUACCGUGCGACAAGGGGACAGCGCCGUGUUAAAAUGCAGUGUGGACAGUAACGUAUCAAGAGUGGCAUGGCUCAAUCGCACCACCAUUCUUUUUGCAGGGAAUGAGAAAUGGUCUCUUGACCCUCGUGUCACUUUGAUGGAAAAUGCAGCAGUCACGGAAUACAGCAUCGAGAUCCAAAAUGUUGAUGUACAUGAUGAGGGACCCUAUGUCUGCUCCAUCCUCACAAAUAAAAAACCAAAAGCCACAAAAGUCCACCUCAUUGUUCAAGUACCUGCCAGGAUCACAAAUAUAUCAAAGGACAUCACAAUAAAUGAGGGCAACAACGUCAAUCUUAUGUGCUUUGCGGUGGGUCGACCAGAGGCGAGCAUCACGUGGAGGCAUCAUUCCCCAAGAGGCUUUCAUACAUUUGUCACAGAGGGAGAGCAUCUGGAACUGGCUGACAUCACCAAAGAUCAGUCCGGAUCAUAUGAGUGCAUUGCUUCAAAUGGCAUAUCAGCCCCUGAUGUCAGGACAAUGCAGGUCGCAGUCAAUUAUGCUCCCUUAAUUUCUAAGGCAAGGGGUACAGGUACUGCAGUUGGACAAAAAGGAGUCCUUCAAUGUGAAGCCUCUGCUGUCCCUCGAGCAGAUUUUGAAUGGUACAAAGAGGAUCGUAGGCUUUUCAAUGGAAUAAAUGGGAUAAAGAUAGAGAAUCAAGGCAAACAGUCAAUGCUCAUCUUCUUCAAUGUUUCUGAGGAAGACUAUGGGAACUACACAUGUGUUGCCGUGAACACCAUGGGGAUCACUAAUGCCAGCAUAAUUCUUUAUGGACCAGGCGCAAUGCAUGACGUCAAUGGGGCAGCUGUUUUGUCCCACUUCUCCUUAUGCUCCUUGCUGAUGAUGACCUUGCUCUACCUGGUGCUGAAGUUCUGAUGUUGCAAUGGCACAACCCUGCAAGCGUCUCUCUACAUUCAACAAGAACAGACUCUUUGCCUUGUAAAACGAAUACAAAUCAAGAGGUGCCAGUGGUUAACCCUUUGUUCUGAGUUUUCUCAAUGUCUUUUCUUAUUUUAACCUAGAGUCUGUUCUCUCUAUAAAAAGCGGCAUCAAUCCAAUGAAGGGAAAAAUCGGAAUCGUGCAUACUAAUAUAUGCUGUUAAAAGUCCUGAGUUUGUGUAUCCCCCAAAAUUUUGUAUGUGAAAAGGAAAAAGAAAAUAAUAAAUGUAACUGUUGA